AUGCCCAAAGCUCUUGGUCGUUUUUCUUUUCUCAAUGUUUUAAGUCUCGACUUCUUCGGAGAUGCACGUCCGUUCAGCAUUCGGCAGCUCCCGGUUGAAAGCACCCCCAGCGCUCGCAUCAUGGAAACGCCAGCGCUCGCAAGCUUCGUGGCCACCAGCAACAAGGUGAAGUCCGAGAAGGUGAAGGGCACUGUGACGGAGCUGGGUGUCAUUCUGCAAGAGAGCAGGACUUUGAAGAAAGCCUUUGGUAGCGAAGACGUGAUUUCCCGUCGCAAGAUGUUGGGGAAAGAGCCUGAAGAGAAGGAGGUAGAGAAGAGGCCAAUCAUCAUCCAACAUUCAGGCACUAUCAGCGAACGCCCCUCGAACCACAUGUUGCCUGCACAAUGGGGCCUUGUGUCCACAGUCUUCGAGGCUUACAAUCACCAUCACGAGCUGGUCUUGCGACCCGAUGAUUUCUGGCAAGCUAUCCUCACACAGAUGUCCUUCUACAUCCAAGCCCGGGCAGAAGCCUUGAGAGAGCGCUUCGUGGAUUUCAAAGGCAAGAAGACCUUGGUGAUUUACAUGAUGGGCACACUCUUCACAGCCGAUUUUGGGAACUUCGCCCUUGCCAUGGCUGACAAGAUCGCGGAGAAUAUCAAGGAUCCUGAAAUGGCCAACUGGCUGUUGCCCAGCUUUACCACAACGACCGCCAACGACCGAAUAGCAGCUUCGGUGACGAUGAUGUCCACUUUGCAGGCCUACUUCGAGUAUGUAUGCUGUUUGAUGUGCGGCAUUCCCAAGGUUACAUUGUUGGGCAAAGUUGAGGAUUGGCUUCAAUUGCGGGCCAAGAUUGAUCGUUUGCCUGAGUUCGACCUAGAAGACAAGUUGAUGACCAAGUGGCAUGCCAUGUUGGCACCGGUUCUUGAUCGACUCAUUUCCUCUGCCUCUGGAAAGAAUGAGCUCGACUUCUGGGACCGGGUGUGUCAUCACAAAGGUGGAGGAUCUGGACCAAGCUAUCUCUCUGGUUGGAUUACAGUCUUUGCCGCUUUCUCAAACAAGGGCGAGUGGCGUGGCGAUGAUCGAGCCAGAACCUUUGGCGCGGAAGCUGCCUCACAGGCAUGGCCUGACAUCGAGACGGGCCGUGUUCCAGUGGGUGCCGUUUCAGUGCCAGUUCUUGUGGAUGACAACGGGACUCAGUAUGACACCCAGAUGGUUGCAGGGCAAUUUGGCCAUGACGUGUGCAAAGAUGGGUCGGUGAUCAGGCCUCGUACCGACUGGUGUAUCGCGUUUGAGGGCCAUCCCAAGGCUGAGCCAAGAGCCUACCGUGAUGGUGAGGUCCGACCAGCAGCUGAAGCGCCUUGA